GCCAGGAGUAUACUUAGUGCAAGCGGUGUAAAGCGGGGAGAGAAGGAGGGAACUGAGGAAACUCUCCUCCUCUCCGCCGCGACUGGCAGAGCCCCCCAUUCGGCCCCAGCACUCAGCCAAGGGACGUGCUAUGGCUACGUCUAUACUUGGGGAAGAGCCAAGAUUUGGAACGACCCCCUUGGCCAUGCUGGCCGCGACCUGCAACAAGAUCGGCAAUACCAGCCCCCUGACGACGCUGCCGGAGUCCAGCGCCUUCGCCAAGGGGGGCUUCCACCCCUGGAAGCGCUCCACCUCCAGCUGUAACCUAGGCUCCAGUCUCUCGGGCUUCGCUGUGGCCACCAGCAGCCGAGGCUCCAGCGGACUGGCUGGCGGCUCGGGCGCCGCCAACAGCGCGUUCUGCUUGGCUUCCACCUCGCCCACGUCGUCCGCCUUCAGCAGCGACUACGGAGGCCUCUUCUCCAACUCGGCGGCGGCGGCGGCGGCGGCGGCCGGAGUGUCCCCCCAGGAAGCCGGCGGCCAGUCGGCCUUCAUCUCCAAGGUGCACACGUCGGCGGCCGAUAGCUUGUACCCACGCGUCGGCAUGGCGCACCCCUACGAGUCCUGGUAUAAAUCCGGCUUCCACUCCACCCUGGCGGCCGGCGAGGUGACCAACGGGGCGGCCUCCUCGUGGUGGGACGUGCACACCAACCCGGGCUCCUGGCUGGAGGUGCAGAACCCGGCGGGGGGGCUCCAGAGCUCGCUGCACUCGGGCGCCCCCCAGGCCUCGCUGCACUCGCAGUUGGGCACUUACAACCCCGACUUCAGUUCGCUCACGCACUCGGCCUUCAGCUCCACCGGCCUCGGCUCCUCGGCUGCUGCCGCUUCGCACCUGCUCUCCACCAGCCAGCACCUGCUGACCCAGGAGGGCUUCAAGCCGGUGCUGCCUUCCUACACGGACUCCAGCGCCGCCGUGGCGGCCGCAGCCAGCGCCAUGAUCACAGGCGCCGCGGCCGCGGCCGCCGGGGGGAGCUCGGCGCGCUCUGCCCGCCGCUACUCGGGCCGGGCCACCUGCGAUUGCCCCAACUGCCAGGAGGCGGAGCGGCUGGGGCCCGCCGGAGCGAGCCUACGGCGGAAGGGCUUGCACAGCUGCCACAUCCCCGGCUGCGGCAAGGUGUACGGCAAGACAUCGCACCUGAAGGCGCACCUGCGCUGGCACACGGGCGAGCGGCCCUUCGUCUGCAACUGGCUCUUCUGCGGCAAGAGGUUCACGCGCUCGGACGAGCUGCAGCGGCACCUGCGGACUCACACGGGCGAGAAGCGCUUCGCCUGCCCGGUGUGCAACAAGCGGUUCAUGCGCAGCGACCACCUGAGCAAACACAUUAAAACACACAACGGGGGCGGCGGGGGCAAAAAGGGCAGCGACAGUGACACGGACGCAAGCAACCUGGAGACGCCCCGCUCCGAGUCCCCGGACCUCAUCCUUCACGACUCCGGGGUGAGCGCGGCCCGGGCGGCGGCGGCGGCAGCUGCGGCGGCGGCGGCGGCUGCUGCUGCGGCAGCCGCUUCGGCGGGAGGCAAGGAAUCCACUUCAGGGCCAAACGACUCUUAGAGGUGGUGAGAGUGAGGAGAGCGAGCGAGCGAGCAAGAGAGACAGAGACACGCAGAACGAGCGAGAGCGAACGGGAGCGAGAGAUGCGGAGAGCACGAGCGAGCGCGAGAGAGGCUCACUCCCGUCUCCCCCUAGGCCUCCUCUGCUCCCCGCGUUUGGGGAAAGAGGAGCCGCUGGUGAGCUCCAGCGCGAAUUUGGAGCGGGAGGUGUGACCGCCCCGCUCCAGGCGAAUCUCUCCCUUCCAGACUGCAGCGGAGACUUGAAUACCACGCUUGGUCCUGGGACAACAACCAACAACAAUCCCCGACAAAUUCAGAACAGUUUUGUUUUUUUUUAACCCACAGAGACACAGGAAAACACAUGCACACACGCACACGCACGCACACACAUCGCUAUACAAACUUCUUGAGUGAAGAGCAAUACACAAACUCUCCCUCCUCUAUCUCAGCCCAACCUCCCCCCCACUACGCACCCCUUCCCCGUCUCAAAAAAACCCCACCACCACUCAGCAGAGACUGUCAGAACAUUUGAAAACAAAUGAGACCUAUAAAAACAGACCCUUUGUGUGGAUUAUAUUAUAUAUAAAAUACUCCAAGUCCUGCUUGAUGAUAUCUAUUUACAAUGAGACUUUUUAAAAAGGAAGCAUCAAAAAAGAGGCUUAAGGUGAGAAAUUAAACUGGAAGUCUAAAGACAAUUUCUCUGUACUUCAUAACAUCUGUAUAAAUAGGGUUUAAAAAAUUGUGUUCUCUUUUAUUUUCUUGUAAAUGUUUAUUCGAAUAGGUUUUUUUGUGAAUUCCUGAAAUUCAGGGAGGUUUUUUUUUUAAUUUUCUGAUGCACUUUGUGGAAGUCAGUAUAUAUGUAAAGAUAUUUAAAAUGUUGAGUUAUCAUUUCACUCACAAACACGUAAGUUAAGGUCAUCUAAAGAAAUUAAAUGCGUUUAUCUGUAUGAAGAAAAUCUUGGCAUCAUAAUAUUUUCCUUUUGCUAUUAUUAAAGGACUCUGAACAAUACACUUCCUUUUCCCGGUUUCUCCUCCCUCCCUCCCCCAAACAACCCUUCCACGGGUAGACUUUUUUUUUCCCCGGUGGGGGAGAAAAUCCCUUCAAUGAUAGUUGUAGUCGAUAUAGGGCAUAUCUGAUUCAUUAAAAAAACAUAAUACUUAGAAAUGUCUGAAAAGGCAAAAUAGUCUAUAUUUCAACCGCUAAAUUAAAUUUGUUUCUGAAAGAUGUUAGCUGCGCUUCUUCAUGUGAGCUCUUUCAAAAGGUGAUGUUUUUAAAUUCCUGGAGGCUUGAUAAAAGAGAGGGCAGUUGGCAUUUUUAAAACAUGAAAACUCAUCCAGUUGGAGGGAACAAUCCUAGAUCAUAGUAAAACUGUUUUGUUUGUUUGUUUUUUAAGCGAGUUUAAAAUAAUAAAACAUUUAAAAAAUGUCAGCAGCCUCCCAAGGCUGAGUAGGUUGCGAGUUGAUCUCAGGGGGAUAAAUCGCUAGUCAUACUCCGGAAAAGACAUUUCAUGCCUAAAUGAAAAUCUUGUUAAAUGUUAUUAAUUUUGACUUAGAGCACACAGCAGCCCCCUGUGCCUUGUAUUCCCUUAUUAGGGAUUCAUGUCUUAUCAAAUAUCUAAUUAAUCUCCUAGACAUCAUUUGUUCUGGCCAACUUUAUCUCAGCUGGUCCACGGGGAAAACUCGGAAUAUUCUCCGUGACAAAGCUCCCUUGAAGAUCUUUUUAAUUGUCUAAAUUAACUGCACCAAAUUUGCAUGUCAAACGGUAAAGGGCAACCUGAGAUAAAGUGUAAACGUUUUAAAAGCCCCCAAACUAAGCACUUGAUUUGAUAACUAGGCUUUUUAAUGUUAUGGAAGACAACUGCUCCUUUCCUUUUCAAAGACAGUUGAUCUAUGCAAAUAGUGAAUUGGAAAUGCUUAUGUCCCCAUGCAGUCAAAUGGCCCUCGCAGGUUAUUUGAAUAUCAGUGGCUCUGCUAUUGAAAGGGUUCAAGGAUGCUCUCUGACUUCUUUGUGAUUACUCAGCGCAGCGUCUUAUUCUGAAGAAAAAAACUCAGGAAUAAUUAAAGGCUGGGAUAAGGCCUGGGAACACGUUUGGGACAGGAAUCUCAUUUAGACAGUCUCUUUCAAAAUAAGGCACAGUUAAAUUGACCAGAAGGCAAUUAUUGAAAUGAAAAUUAUUUUCACUCCCUUUGUCUUCUGACCACCAACUUAACAGCCAGUUUAAAAGAGAGAAGGGAGAGAGGCAAAAGAAAAUGGUUAAAUGAGAUAAUUUCGCAAUUCAAAAAAAUGUUAAUUUAGAAAAUAAAGUCCGUAUUCAAAGAAUAAAAAUAUUUCUAAGCGCCCCCUACACAAUAGCAAACGCAAGCUAAGCCGGCCCCCACGGAAAUUCUGUUUUAUUACUGCCGGUCAUAUAAACUCGAAUGAGGAUUUUGAAUCUUUAAAAAAAAAAGUCUUUCACAACCCGCUGUUCAUUUUUUAACAAAACAUCCCCCCUCGAAAUACUGCUCUGGAAAGGACAGCCGAGUAUCAGACUCAUAAGGAUGAUAAGUACUAGUGCAGGUCACCAGGCACGCGGGACAGAAAGGGAUCCAUCCUGCAAGCAGCAUUUUUACAAGGGCAUUCAGCGCAGCUUUGGU